AUGUCUAUCUCUACUGUCCAAGAACUUACCUCGGAAAUUGAUCGACUGCUAGAACAGUACCUCCAUCUUCUGGAUCAAUACAGUUCUCUAAGGUCUGAGCUCUCCUCAUUAUCCUCAUCCAUGUACAUCAACCUAUCCCGAGCAAACUUCAUGCCGCAGAAUGGAAUUCGUUAUGACACAUCAUUCUAUCAUGACCGUAUCCAAGCACAAAGGUUAUGCACUGUAACGAUCCCCGAAAACGCCUCGAAUACACAAUCCGUAAAAUUAACCGCUCCUGCUCUAUUCGCCAUCAAUGAAACUUCCUCUUCGAAAUCAGAAUCCGAUCUUUCGAAAAACGAUACAAACGGCGAAGACACGAAAACGGUGUUCAAGAAGGAUCCACUGAGGAUGUUCGGACUUUUCACCCCGCAGGCUUUGAAGAAUACACAAGGAGAUAGUAUCAAGAUGAUGGAUGUCAUUCCGAAAUUGGUCACUACCGAGAAAGCCAUGGAAGACCUCGAAAUUCGCAUCAGAAGGGCCAGGAAAUAUCGAGGAAAGGCAGAAAUGGAGGAAAAGAAGAAUUCACCAGCCGAAACUCAUAGGGAAACCAUCAAUCCUGUGUGA